UGGGAGUCGUCGCAGCUGCAGUCCCCGGCAGAAACCGCGCAGAUCCGGGCCAUUUCUCCCGAGUCUUUCCGGAACCGGACUCGUUCGUUUUUCCCUUUCUCGUCGGCAUGGAGCCAUUCCGCGUGAUCCUGUUGGCGCUGGCGGCGGCGGCGGUCUGCUCCCUGGACGUGAGGGUGGCCACCUUCAACAUUGAAAGGCUGGGGGAUGGGAAGUUGGAAAAGCCUGAAGUCGUCGAGAUUCUUCUUCAGAGAUAUAUUAAUUUUUUAAACUUUUCCAUACCUUUAGGGACACCCAGCUUAAGAAUGAUCCAGGUUUCUUCCUACUUCUUCACUCGCUGGCAGAUCCUGGACGACUACGACCUGGUGUGCAUCCAGGAGCUGACGGAUGAGGACGGCAGCUCCGUGCCGGUUCUGCUGGGCCUCCUCAACGAAGCGUCGGGGAAGGAAUACACGAACCACACCUCGCCCAGGCUCGGCCGAACCACGUACAAGGAGCAGUACCUCUUCCUGUACGAGCCGUCCCUGUUCCAGGUGGUGGAGACGAUCCUUUACGACGACACCGCGGACGACAUCUUCGAGCGGGAGCCUUACUACGUCACCUUUCGGAGCGGGAAUUACAUGUUCACGAUGGGAACUAUACACGUGAAACCCGACGACGCCCUCGCGGAGUUGAUCCAAUUUGCCCCUGCCAACGACUGGGUGACGGAAAACUACGGAAUGCAGGAGUUCCUGCUGCUGGGCGACUUUAACGCGGACUGCGAUUACGUGUCGGGCUCGGACUGGGACGAGAUCGGGCUCUGGACCCAGCCGGGAUAUCGGUGGUUCGUGGACAACGACGCGGAUACCACCGUUAACUCCAACACCGACUGCGCGUAUUCCAGGGUGGUGGCGAAGGGGCCCGACCUCCAGGCGAGGAUCAGCGACGUCCGAGUGCGGCGAUUCGACGAGGAAUUCGGACUCGAGCAGGCGGAGGCCCUCGACGUAUCGGACCACUAUCCCGUGGAGUUCACGCUCACCGUCUGAAUAAAGUCGCGAUGGUUCACAAGACUGAUUUGUUCGAAAGAAAAUUUU